AUGUUGAACCGCAUCAGAGUCAGGCCAAAACAACAACCUCUUGCACCACAAAACCAUGCCAUGCUCCUAUCAAGACUGGACAAAACCAUACCUGAUGACACCCUCCACAUAUUCCCGACCCGCAAAGAAGUUGACAACUUCAACCACAUGCAACUCAACUCCACCUCCCCAAACAUUCAACAUAUUCCACCCUUAGACGUCUACAAACAAAACAAACGUCCCCGCAAAGCCACUCCACCCACAACCACUACACAGCUUCCAGGUAGUAAGCCUGACACACUUGCCAAACAUGCACAAGUCAUGCUCACUCAAAAUAUUGAUGUUGCCGAUGGGUUGGUCAAUGGCGCCUGUGGCACUAUUACACAUAUUCCACCGCCAGGCCCGAAUACAAAAGUCCCACCAUACAUCUGCGUUCAUUACCUUAACCACCACACUGGGCUUGCAACAAAACGUUGCCAAACAACCAAAGAUGCCAUCCCACAGGGCUCAAUCAUCAUCAAACACCAACCAGUACAUGAUCAACCAACAUCCAACAAUUUCGUCCGCCAUCAGUUCCCCAUCUCCCUUGCAUGGACCUGCACUGCACAUAAAGUACAAGGUGUUACAACACAUCAUGCCGCUGUCGCUCUGAAACACAUCUUCACCCCUGGCCAGGCAUACGUAGCGCUCAGUCGCGUCACUUCCUUACAAGGCCUAUACCUCUUGGAUGAUACAUUCUCCAAAAUCUACUGCAAUGCACACGUCACAGAAACAAUACAAACAAUGCCCACUGCAAACAUAUCACCCGCCGAACCUAUUUCCAACAUCCACACAACUGACCACUUCAUUAUCACACACCACAACAUCGAAGGUCUCCAACAUCACAUGCCAGCCACUCAGAACACUCAAAUCCAACACGCUCAAUCAUAUGCCUCACAGAGACAUGGGUCACUACAGCCCAUCCAGACAACAACACCUUCGCUCUCCCAGGCCAGACAUUCAUCAACAUACCCAGAUCACACUGCUAUCCCCAAACCAACAACAACACUGGUGAACCCACCAAUAAACUAUACGCCACCAUGCUCAAAGGUGGGGUUGGUGUCUACAUCAAAGAACACAUCCCACACACAACAACACAUCAUGAAGACCACCACCUAG